AUGGUGAACGCCAAGCUUGUACUUGCCUACGCGGGCCUUCUGGGCGCCGUCACGCAGGCCGCGACGUGCUCGACGCUGGAGAACAACGUUGACUACAGCGGCGCUAACGUCGGCAACGCCCGCAGCGCCUCGGCCAGCGGAUGCUGCUCGAUCUGCUCGACCACCAACGGCUGCGGUGCCUUCACGUGGACCAACUACAACGGCGGAACCUGCUGGCUGAAGAGCAGCAAGGGAACGGGAGCUUCGAACCCCGGCGCCGUCUCGGGUGUCCUUCAGCAGGGCUCGUCCGCUACGUGCUCGACUCUAGAGCAGAACGUCGACUACAGCGGUGCCAAUGUCGGCAACGCCCAGAGCUCCUCGGCUAACGGUUGCUGCUCGAUCUGUAAGAACAAGAGCGGCUGUGGUGCGUUUACGUGGACCAAUUACAACGGCGGUACCUGCUGGCUGAAGAGCGGAAGGGGAACGGGAACCUCCAGCCAGGGCGCCAUUUCGGGUGUUGUGGGCUCCUCCUCGUCCGGUUCGUCCGGUUCCUCGACUUGCCAGUCGAUGGAGAACAACGUCGACUACAGCGGCGCCAAUGUCGGCAACGCUCAGAGUGCUUCGGCCAACGGUUGCUGCUCGAUCUGUAUGAACAAGAGCGGCUGCGGUGCUUUCACAUGGACCAGCUACAACGGCGGCACCUGCUGGCUCAAGAGCGGCAAGGGCUCGGCGACGUCCAACCCGGGCGCCAUCUCGGGCGUUGUGCAGGGCUCGUCCUCUAACAACAACAACAACAACUCUGGCGCCUGGAGCAUGAAGCCCGUCAAGGUCAUCCAGGCCCGUGUCCAGGGUGACGCCCCCGUGUGGCACCCGGAGGUGGGCCAGUGGCUGUCCAAGUACGGCUCCAACACGGAGCAGCAGUACAUGAACAACCUGGACACCGUCAACACGGCGUCCGUGGAGGGCGCGCUCAUGUACGUGCAGGCCGAGGGCAUCAACGUGAACGAGCAGUCGGUCAAGUGCCACCGCAAGAACGACAUGCAGUACGUCGUGUUUUACGAGAUGACCAUCGUGCAGCCCACGGCUUCGGUCAAGUACUACGAGAACCACAACCCGCUCGAGUACGGCGACUUCGUGGCCAUGGACGGCGCCAAGUGCACGAACGCCGGCUCGGACCUGCCCAAGAGCUGCAAGCUCUUCUACGGCCUGGACGGCGUGCAGGACAUCGGCCCGAACGUCGGCUGCAACCCGCAGGGCUCGGACCCGCGCGCCCCGUACCCGAACAACUACUGGUGCUCGUUCCCCAACUCGUGCGCGCAGAAGUACCGCAACGACAAGACGGCCGAGUGCCGCGCGCAGUAUAAUGGCGGCCUGUGCCCCAUGGGCACGCAGCCCGACGGUGUCAAGUGCACGUACAGCUACAAGAUCCUGGGUUACCUCAACAUCGACGACCUGGUGGGCAUCACCAAGAUGGGCUACAGCAACUACCAGCAGUACUGCCAGGCCGGCGGCAUCGAGUUCAAGGCCCGCAACACCGGCCGCGGCUUCGAGGUGGAGCAAAGCAUCGACUUCUGGAAGAACCCUGGCGACCAGAACGCCAACGCGAACCGCGCGGCCCAAUUGGUGUCGACCUAUAACCAGAUGGUCAGCAGCGGCCGCAACCCCAACAUGAGCCCCCUGCCAGCCGUCUCGAGCCUCACCGCGGCCAACCCCAAGUGCUACCAGAACAGCGCCGUGUGUGCGCGCGCCAAGUACGGUUGCAGUCGCUCGCUGUACUCGCAGAUGUGCACGGUUUGCAACGCCCCCGGAGCGGGUUGCGAGGCCGCCCCCGCGGGAUACACGUUCCCCAACCUGUAAAUGCAUUUGGGAUCGAGCUGAACGUCGCUCGUCCGGCUCCUAGCAGAAUGCAUCGUGGACAUUUCAAUGACUGCAUUAGCGGCAGUACGCCUCAGAAAAUCUACAUAAGCAUGAAAUCAGACUUUGGUCACUGACGCUAUCG